AUGCUGGCAAGAAAUUAUUGCUCAUUUCUUGGUGGAUUUCAACAGACUCGGCACUUCUUCUCUCGACACAUUUAUGAACCUCGUCUCAUUGUGAGAUAUCCUCAAGGAACAGACAAGAAACCGUUACCUGUCGAUCCUCUCAAACCAGUGGUAUUACUUAUUGGAUGGGCUGGAGCAGAACAUGACCACUUAGCGAAGUACAGCGACAUAUACACGGAUCAAGGCUAUCGAACUGUGUCCUUCAUUGCUCCCUGCUAUCAUUACACGACACCAAAUGCGC